AUGUCUGCCCAGGAGCUGCAGGAGCGGUCCGAGCAGCUGACCCGCCAGGUGCGGCAGCGUUUCACGCGGACCGUGCUGGGGCGCAAGGUCGAGUACGCCGGCUGGCGGCCCGUGCCGCUGCCACACACUCCAGAAGAGGAGGAGGCCAAUCGGGCGUCGUCGCCGUCGCCCAGCGUCAUCACCGGUGACCUGGCUGACCCUGAUGACCCGACCGAUGACCUCUACGUGGCGUUGGCCACGUCAAAAGCCGAGUCGGCCGCCCGCAAAAAGAAAACGGGCUCCAAGGCCCGCGUCAAGGUGGUAGUGCCGGACCCCCGGGACCCGGCGCGCAGCAAGGUCAAGUACGUGUACGACCACAGCCACGCGUGCCACAUCUGCGGCAAGACGUUCGCCUGGCAGGGACACCUGACCAAGCAUCUGCAGACUCACACGGGCGAGCGGCCGCUGAACUGUCACAUCUGCGGCCAGACGUUCCGCUGGUCCUCCCACCUGACCAGCCACCUGCGGCGCCACAACGACGACAAGCCGUUCGUGUGUAACGUGUGCGGCAAGAGGUUCGUGUCGAGCUCCGUGUUCAAGGGCCACAUGCGCACACACACGGACGAGAAGCCCUUCAUGUGCGGGGUGUGCGGCAAGCAGUUCCGGGACAAGAGUAACCUGCGCACGCACGAGUGGGUGCACACGGACAAGCGGCCGCACCGGUGCGGGCCGUGCGACCGCGGCUUCCUCACCACCAGCGCGCUGAAGCUCCGGCUGACGGCCAGUUCCGGUGCCGGCUUUGGCUCCGGCUCCGGCUGGGCACGACUGGAGGGCGCGAGACGUGGCCGGCGCCGGGGACGGGGCUGGCCAGGCGUGACGCUGACGCACGGGAUGCGGUCGGAGCGCGCCGGCAACGCCCAGUGA